UAUUUUAAUACUCUCUAUGUACGCGUGCAGGACCUUUGGACAAUUACCAUUACCUGAAAAAGCAUCAGACAAAUCUAAUUUGUUACCCAGUAACGUGUCAGGUAGAGCGUCCAACGUCCUACGUGACAUUCUGAAUCAGGACAGUCUGGUACGCUUCUCUAUGGUACAAAAAAUACAAAGUUUAGUGAUGGAUGCCAUAGACAACAAAAACAAUAGACAACUUAUGAAGGCAAAGCUUAGUGAGGUGACAAAGGACUUGAAGGAUUUGGAGACUAAAAGUCAAAAUAUGGAGGAAGAAAACAACAAACUUAAAGAGGAAUUAAAGACGGUGUAUGGGACGGUGAAUGACAAUAGGAACUUGACAAAGGACGAAAUUCAAAAUCUUGAUCAGAAAAUAAAAAGUAAGACUUCAGCUCUCCACGAUGAAAAUCUUAAACAAACCUUGAAAAAUGCAGCUUUUGAAAAACAACUUGAUUUGUUAAAUAAUACUAUAAAACAAACGGAAAGAGGUGUUCGAAAAGACAUGGAGACAUUGAAGUCAUCGGACAUGAGCACAUUUGAGAGAAUAAACACUCUGAAUAAAUCCCAUGUAACAGAAGUAAACAGGAACUUCGUAAAAAUAAAAGAACUUGAUGAUAGCUUUCGAAAUAAAAGUUUGGUUCUGGAAAACAAUGAUCGAGCACUUAGUCAAGGAAUUGAGGUUCUUCAAGAUCAAUUGAGCGAAAUGAACGCGACAUUACAGAUCAGUGGCGUAGAAGUUCUCGCCAGACAGAUUAAAAAGAUGGAGGACAAGUUCGAGAGUUUUGCAGUGUCUGUAAAUGAAACGCUCAACAACGAUCGGCAGGUUCUGAAUGAAUUGAACCGGUCCUUGUCAGAAGUGCUUUCAAUUAAUUGUCAUAGUUGCUGGGAUAUUUUACGGAAAUACCCGAGUUUAAAGGGAACUGAUGGAGUAUACAUGAUAACGGUAGCCUCUAAAGUAAAGCUUGUUUACUGUGACAUGAGUACAGAUGGAGGAGGGUGGACAGCUAUACAAAGAAGACAAGACGGAUCUACAGAUUUUUACAAGACGUGGUCAGAAUAUAAACAAGGAUUUGGGGAAUCCUCUACAAACUACUGGAUUGGAAAUGACGCAAUCUAUGAGUUGACAAAGAAUAAAGACCAGGAACUCCGGGUUGAGCUACAAAGUUUUGAUGGUGAUACAGCAUAUGCUGAGUACUCUACAUUCUAUGUCGUGGACGAAUAUAGUAAAUACAAACUCACUGUGUCGGGGUUCUCAGGAACUGCAGGUGACAGUAUGACUUAUAACAACGGAUAUAGAUUUACUACUAAAGAUCAGGACAACGACGGGUAUAGUGUUGUUAACUGUGCUAAAGCAAAUCACGGGGCCUGGUGGUACAACAACUGCGUCUAUGCGAAUCUGAACGGACGGUACGGACAGUCUUCAGUGUCUGGAAGUCAAUACCUAGUAUGGUAUCAUUGGAAAGGAUGGAAAGCAUUAAAACAGACUGUGAUGAUGAUCACACACAAGAACUAAAAUAAGAUAAUGUAUUAUGAAAUAUGAUUAAAUUAUUAUUUUUAAAAUGAUAAUAAUUCAAACAGUAUAAGCAACGUUUGAGUAUUUACUUAUCUCACUAAAUGAAGAUUGGUGCAAUGGACAGCUACUAUCUGUUUCUUUUAAUAGAAAUUUGUAAAAUUAUCAGUUCUUCUUAAUUUGAGCAAUCAUAAAUAAAUAAUGCACAUGUAAGCAUGUUUCU